CAUUAAACCUUAAUCAUCCUCAGUCCCCAAAUUUCUUCUAUCCGUCAAAUCCUAAUUUUCCCAUUCAAAAUCCCAACUUUCGGGGUUUUUCAGUUCAACCAAACCCUAGGUUCCAAUUCCAGCACCCUCCUCCUCCCCCUCGUCCUCAGGCUAAUGGUUCCUCAAAUUUCGGUAAAAUUGUUCUCGGAGUUGAUAGGGCUGUAAUUAAGGCGCGUAGAGACCUAAUAGAGGCUGGUGAAAAUGUGUCGUCUUGGAAAGUUUCACAAGCUGCUUUGGUUAUACUUAAAGCUGAUUCUUGGGAUUCUUUGGGUGUCCAAAUGCAGCAUGUACCCUCUCUCCACAGCCUCAUACUUAUCGAAGUGAAGAUAGUUCUUUCUGCUGCUUCUGCUCUUGGCACGUCAUGCUGUGGAUCAUCAAUUGUAGAUAAUGUUAAUAUGAUGCUGUGUAGAGUUGGUGUCCAACAGUUAUCGGCAUAUCAAAUAGUAAAGAUACAUAUUCUACCUUAUCUUUACAAAGAGCAACACGGACAAGGACAUAGAGAAAUGAUGACAGAGUAUCUUGCUUUCUUGAUGUUCCACUUACAGCAAAUUAUCAGGGAACUGCAUGACAAUGUCUUUAUAUUGACUAAUCAUGGUUGCAGACGGCCUGUAGAGGUUCCCAUCCAUUUCAGCAAAGAAUAUGGAAAUCCCAUCGAUAUGAGUCAAUUAGUUCUUGGAUUAGAUCUUAAAUGGCAUGAGAUCGAAGAUAUGUACUUAAAGCAUCCAAUCAACAGAAUGUUAUCUGGAGGUGUAUUAAAGUGGCGAAAGUUUUUCCAGGAACUUGGAAUCAGUGAUUUCGCACAGGUUCUUCAAGUUGAGAAUAGUGUGUCUGAUGUAUGCCGUCUUCCCAUGAAUGCGACGUGGGAUAAAGAUCUGAUCCCCAGAGGAUCAAUUGCGACAGAUUGGGUGUCUGAAGAAUUUGUCAAUAUGCUGUUACAACUGUCUUCUACAAGUGAAAAGGAAAAAUGCAAGUACCUUUUGGAGGUACUUGAUCAUUUGUGGGAUGAUUAUUUCAGUGAUAAGGUUACUGGCUUCUAUUUCACUUCUAAUGGAGAAAGGAAAAUAUUUGAUUCAUCGUUCAGCAGAAUCAUAUGUGACGUUCGAUGGGUAGCAUCAACUAUCGAUAAUGAGCUCCACUAUCCAAGGGAGUUAUUCCAUGACUGCGAGGCUGUGUGCUCAAUUUUGGGUGAUAAUGCUCCUUAUGCUGUUCCUAAGGUGAGAAGUGAAAGGUUGUUAACAACUCUUGGUUUGAAAACCCAAGUUACAGUCGAUGACACACUAGCAAUUCUUGAAGUUUGGAGAGCCAAAGCACCUCUGAGGGCUAGUGUAUCGCAAAUGUCCAGAUUUUACACAUUCAUGUGGAAUAGGAUGAAUACUUCAGAGAGAAAAGUGGUUGAAGCAUUACGUGAAGGACCUUCUGUGUUUGUCCCUUCUAAGUUUGGUGCUUCACUUGAAGAUACUGUACCUGGUGUUCUGUUGUCACUUAAAGAAGUCUUUUGGCAUGAUUCAACUGGUUCUGUGGACCAAGUGAAGAUGGUCUAUUCAAAAUUUGACGAACAUUCAGUCCCCUACCCUGUUACCAGAAUAUUAUGUAGUGUAUAUCCAGGCCUUCAUGACUUUUUUGUUAAUCGAUGUGGAGUGGAUGAGCUCCCUCAUUUCCAUGGAUACCUUCAAAUACUGCUGCAUUUGUCUGCUGUUGCUUUACCUUCACAAGAAGCUAAGAAAGUUUUCUGUAUAUUUGUCAAGUGGGCUGACGAGCUAAAAUCUGGCUCUUUGAGAUUUGAAGAUGUUGAUUUCCUGGAGAAGAGUCUUAAGGAAAAGCAGUAUUUGAUUCUUCCUGCUGCAGAAAAUAAAUGGGUUUCUCUCAACCAAUCCUUUGGGCUCGUCUGUUGGUGUGAUAAUGAUAGGUUAAGAACAGAAUUUAAGCAUUUUGAUAAUAUUAACUUUCUCUACUUUGGAGAACUCGACGACGAGGAAAAUGAAAUUCUCCGAACAAAAGUUUCGAUCUUCAUGCAUAGACUAAAUAUUCCUUCUCUUUCAGAGGUUGUAACACGAGAAAUCAUUUAUCAUGGUCCAACAGACACUUCUUUUACGGCUUCAAUGGUUAACUGGGCUCUUCCUUAUGCUCAAAGAUACAUGUAUAACAUUUCCACAGACAAGUAUUCACAGCUCAGCCAGUCUGUGAUUGAGAACCUGAGAUGUCUACAGAUUGUUGUCGUUGAAAAGUUGUUCUUCAGGAAUGUUAUUAAAAGUGUCCACAUAGUAUCGGAGAAGCAGUUUGAGUGCAGUUGUCUGCUAGAGGGAAACAUCCUGUAUGCCACUCGAGAAUCUGAUUCUCAUUCACUAUUCAUGGAGAAUUCUCGUUUAUUCUAUUCUGGAGCUCCUGACUUGCACUUGGCAAACUUUCUACACAUGAUCACGACAAUGGCAAAGUCAGGUUCCACUGAGGAGCAAAAUGAGUUUUUCAUUUUGAAUAGCGAGAAAAUGCCCAAGCUUCCCGUAGGUGAAUCUGUUUGGUCACUUGCGAACAUUCCAUUGUCGACUGAUAGUGUGACAUGGCUGAUGAAUAGUUGUGAUUCUAGAACAAUUGAUGAGAUAAACUCUGUGAAUUUCAAGAAGAAAUCUGGAGGCAGCUCAUACUGGCCACCUGCAGACUGGGAAAAACGAUCAUGAUUUCCAUGAUUCUCGUGCAAGUGUUAUGAAGAUACAGGCAGCCAGUAACAUCCAACCAAGCAACGAAGAGACUAAUGAAGAAGUUAUAGAAGAAACAUCUGCUCCAGCUCCAGCUCCAUCUCAGAUCACUCAUCUUCGCAAUGAUCCGGCGCCCACUUCAGACUAGAAAACUGAUCAUGGUUUCCACGGUUCUCAUGCAAGUGUAAUGAAGAAACAGGCAGCCGAUGGCAUCCAACCAAGAAAGGAUGAGACUGUUGAAGAAGUUUUAGCAGAAAUAUCUGCUCUGGCUCCAGCUGCGACCACUCGUGGUCGCAAUGAUCCAGCUGCAGACGGGAAUACUGAUCAUGGUUUCCGUGGUUCUAGCACAAGUGUUAUGAAGAUGCAGGCAGCUAGUGGGUAUCAAACCUAGAAAGGAGGACACUGUUAAAGUUAUAGCAGAAACAUCUGUUCUGGCUUCAACUGAGAUCACUCUUGGUCGCAAUGAUCCAGCAAACCCUGCUGCUUUACUAGGUUCACGCGAUACUGGUCGUGUAUGUAAUGUGCUCGUACCUUCUACCAUCAAUGCUGCAAGUAAUUCUCCUUAUAAUGUGACUGUACCACAAGAGCUGAAUUAUUGUUCAUUUAAUACGAGUGAGAGAGGUCAGCUGUCCAUAGGCACGAGUUAUCCUCAACAGGCAUCAACUGGCAGAUUCUCCAAUAAUGUGACUGCACCACAAGACUGGAAUUACAAUUCAUCUGAUGCUAGAGAAAGAGUGCAGUUGUCUUUCGGCACCAUUGAUCCUCAACAGGGCACUGUUAACUGGCAGACAUGGAGAAUUUGCUGCAUUCAAGUACUUCGUGGCGCAAUUUGGCGAGCCUUUUGUGAAAUCGGUCAAUGAAACUAAUGAGACGGGGCUUCCCUACGACCUUGUUGUGGCAGGUAAUGAAUUCGUAGAAGUAAAAGCAACUAGAUCGACGACAAAGGAUUGGCUCCAUAUUACCUUGAGGGAAUGGCAGUUUGCAGUUGAGAAAGGUGAACUUUUUAGCAUUGCACAUGUAUUAUCACCUCAUAAUGCAGCAAAAGUGACAGUUUACAAGAACCCAGCCAGACUCUGUCAGCUUGGUAAACUACAGUUAGCUCUUUUAAUGCCAAAGUCAUAGACUUUUUAAAUGUAUAUAAGGCUAAUUCACCAAUUCAUCUUUCAUAUAAUCUUGAAAGAAGUUAAGCAGCUAGUCGUUUUCACAUUAAGAAAUGCUUUCAUCACUUAGCUGACUGCUUAGCAGCAAGUUAUUUUCAAAGUGCUGCAUUUGAGAAUUUAAUCUACAUGUUGAAGCAGAAGAUAGAACUUAAUAUCUCUUGUUG